GCCGCGCAAGGGCGCUGUAGCUGCCAGUGCCGCUGUCAUGGCGUCGGAAGCGCUGGCUGAGGAGAACCCUCCGCGGUGUCUUUAGAGCAAGGGGCGGGCGGCUGGGGAUGGAGAGCGGCCCCGAGAGCCUGCAGCCGCUGGAACACGGGGCGGCGGCCGGGCCUGCGCCAGGCACAGAUUUUCCGCCGGAGGGGCAGCUGGAAAGCCGGCUGGCCGCUGGGGAUGGUCCUGGAGUAUGGGCGGCGGAGAGCAGCGGUGGGAAUGGGCAGGGGGCGGCGGCCGCCGGGAGGAGCCUCCCGGACUCGGCUUCUGCCGCGGACUCUCCUCAGGUUCCCGGACCCUGCAGAACCUGCCCAGACUUGGACUUGAAGGAGAGCGAUUUGGAGAGUCCUGUUGCCCAGAAGGCGCCUCUGAGAGGGCAGCACAAGGUGACCGUCUCUCCGGACACAGCCGAGGCCGGAGCGGGCCGUGGGCUAGGUCCGACGGGAGUCUCGGCCGCCCGCCCGGAUCGUGCAGGCACCUGCCGGGUCGAAUCGGCGGCCGCUGGCUCCGGGGAGCCCUGCUGCGCCGGCGGCCUCAGCAGCAGCUGCAGCGACCCGAGCCCGCCAGGGGAAUCGCCGAGCCUGGACUCCCUGGAGUCGUUCUCUAACCUGCAUUCUUUCCCCAGUAGCUCCGAGUUCAAUAGUGAGGAGGGAGCGGAGAAUAGGGUCCCAGAGGAGGAGGAGGGCGCGGCGGUGUUGCCCCGGGCUGUUCCUCUCUGCCGGGAGGAGGAGGAGGUGGAGGAGGAGGAGGAGGCAGCUCUGGUGCUGGCGGCCUCCAAGGACCGUUUCCCGGGACAGUCUGUCUAUCACAUCAAGUGGAUCCAGUGGAAGGAAGAGAACACACCCAUCAUCACCCAGAAUGAGAACGGACCCUGCCCUUUGCUGGCCAUCCUCAAUGUUUUGCUUCUGGCCUGGAAGGUGAAACUUCCACCGAUGAUGGAAAUCAUAACUGCUGAACAACUGAUGGAAUAUUUAGGAGAUUACAUGCUCGAAGCAAAGCCAAAAGAAAUUUCAGAAAUUCAACGUCUAAACUAUGAACAGAAUAUGAGUGAUGCUAUGGCAAUUUUGCACAAACUACAGACAGGCUUGGAUGUAAAUGUAAAAUUUACUGGUGUUCGAGUGUUUGAAUAUACGCCGGAAUGCAUAGUUUUCGAUCUCCUUGAUAUUCCUUUGUACCAUGGGUGGUUAGUAGAUCCUCAGAUUGAUGACAUUGUAAAAGCUGUUGGUAACUGCAGCUACAACCAACUAGUGGAGAAGAUCAUCUCUUGUAAGCAGUCAGACAACAGUGAGCUGGUUAGCGAAGGGUUUGUAGCUGAGCAGUUUUUAAAUAACACAGCCACUCAACUGACAUACCAUGGAUUAUGUGAACUAACUUCAACGGUUCAGGAAGGAGAACUUUGUGUGUUCUUUCGGAAUAAUCAUUUUAGCACCAUGACCAAGUACAAGGGUCUAUUGUACUUGUUAGUAACAGACCAGGGGUUUCUUACUGAAGAAAAAGUUGUUUGGGAAAGCCUCCACAAUGUUGAUGGAGAUGGAAAUUUCUGUGACUCAGAAUUUCAUCUUCGGCCACCUUCAGAUCCUGAAACUGUAUACAGAGGCCAACAAGAUCAGAUAGAUCAAGAUUAUCUCAUGGCAUUAUCUCUACAACAAGAACAACAGAGUCAAGAAAUAAAUUGGGAACAAAUCCCUGAAGGAAUCAGUGAUUUGGAACUGGCAAAGAAACUCCAAGAAGAAGAAGAUAGACGGGCUUCUCAAUAUUAUCAAGAACAGGAACAAGCAGCAGUAGCUGCAGCUUCUGCUUCUACACAGGCCCCGAGUCAGCCAGCACAAGCCUCUCCAUCAAAUGGAAGACAAUCUGGAAAUAGUGAACGUAAACGAAAAGAACCUCGAGAAAAAGAUAAAGAAAAAGAAAAGGAAAAAAAUAGUUGUGUCAUUUUGUAAGAAGUGCUAGAUUCUGUUGGAAUCAUCUGUAUGUCUCAAGAAACAGAACCACAGGAGGAAGAAAAGGAAGAAAAACCGAUAAAUACCGUCUGUGCCUGAUUUCCCAAUGGAUUUUGUUAAUGUUUUUCAGGGUAAAGGUUGUUACUUAGUUACAAUCAGACUUUUUCCGAGUCACACAGUACUCUCUUUAUGAGCUGGAGUUUCAUGUUACAAGUUGGAAAUGCUGUGUGUUGUCUCAUGAAAAAUACUGCACUUGUAGUCAAAUAAGUGAAUCACAGCAAAUUUUGUGUCAUAGUGACAUUCAUAACUCAUAUCAGUUAGUAAGCUAUUUUAUCUUCUGUUCUAACAAUGAAUGGAGAUAAUUGAUUUUGUCUGAUUCCUUCCUGAAAUCUAAAUAUUAGCACAAUAAUUUUUGAAGUGAAUUUUUACAAUGUUAAAUUAUGAUCUAAUCCACAAGAAACCAGGGGUUUAAUAUAGAAAUUUAAAAACAAAAAGUAGCAAGAGUAAAUAACCCUUUAUUGCAUAUUGGACUAGUUCAGCCCUUGAACAGCUUUACCUUUCUUUAGGAAUGUACAUUUUAGAUAUUAUCUUGAAAAGUGAUAAAGGAACUUGGGUGUAAUUUAGAUAGAAAAAAAAUAAAUAUUUGUAUUUCUUUUCCAAUAGCAAAAAAUUACAUUAUGCUAGUACUAAUAUCCUAUCAAAGCCAGAUAUUAAUGACUUUGUAGUAUUGUGGAAUUUUGAAGAAUUUUGAAACCUUUAACAUAGGUAACCUGGACCACAGUUACUAUUAACAAUGUGAUGAGUGUAAGGAGGAAACCACAGUGGAUGCUAGGUCUUGUAAAUAUGGGAGUGUAGGAAACCAGAUAGUUCAUCGUCUACCUUUUUCUAGAAUCUCCUUGAACUUUAAAUUUUAGAUCAUGUUUAUUUGCUAGAAAAUUAAGUAUAUUGUUAUAAUCAACAAAAAGCACAGUCUGAAAGGAAGUUAGAGAUAAUCUGAGUCUAGUGAAAAAGUACUAAUAAAAUUUUGUGUGAAACAGAAGAAUUUUGAGAAAUUUAUGUAAAAGCAAUCAGAUUUUUUAAUUUAUGAGAACCAAAUAAACCUAUAGCAUCUUGUAGUGUUUAUAGGAUUCAGAAAGAAUAUUUAUUGAACUUUAUUAUGAGGCAACACAUAUUUUCCUGUAUUUCUAGAUAUAGUUUGGAAAACUAUCCUUGAUAGUCCUUUUUAUAUGUUUUAUAUUUAAAAAUUUGUUUUACUCAUUUUGGAGAGACUAUUGCUGCUGCAAGUAGAUACGUAAUUUACAUCCUAAACCUCAGUAAAUGUGUUUGUCUAAGAUCAUCUUAAUCUAACCUGAGCAUCCACUUGGAGAAUGUUUUUGUGGGCUGGGAUGACAAUAGACUACAAAAUAAAAGUGGUCUAGAUUUCUUAAGCUGUCUUUAAUAUCAUUUUCUGAUCCAAAAUCAGUUGUAGGAUGAGUCUGUAUGUAAAAAGCUGUAUUAUUUGUAGAGGGAAAUACUCAAAGGAAAAAUCCAGGGUCAAGCUCUGUCUUUUAUGUCCUGUGUUGCAUGUUUGUUUUUGUUUUAUAGUAUGUUAUCCCUUCAGAUUUCCUAUGCUAGCAUGAUACAUCAUCAGACAACCUGUUUGGAGUAUAAAACUUGAUACAAAAUAUUUGGUGAAACUCUUCAUAACCUAGAAUAUGUAUACAUUGUAAUCAGAUGUACUACAGAAUUCUCUGUUGGCUCAAAUACGUUGACCUUAUUCCAAGUUUACUCUUGAUAACACUGGUUAUAGGAAGAAACUCAGAUCUUAAGGUUUGCUUGUCCCAAACAGAUAGUGACCAUACAUUACAUUUAAUUAAUAUAUAUAUAUGUUGAGCAGUUUAAGAAAUCAUAUUUGAGGCAUAUUGUCCAUAAUUACAUACUUAUUUAUUGCCCUUGAAAAUUAUUCUAUAUGUAGAAAUUAUUCUUCUGUUACUUGUUACUGUUUCUUAAUUUGUUCCAAAGAUAAUACUGCCAUUCUACAUUCCUUUUGGAAGAAAAAAAAACUUAAAACCAGCAGUGCUGCUAUCAGAUAAGUAGAUAUCAAUGUAUACUUAUAGAAAAUAAUUAAAGAUGUAAUAUGUUUGUUAAUUCAGUCUGUUCUGUAUAUUUCCAAGUCAGACUUUCUUACAUUCCUGGAAUUCAGUUUCAUAUACCAAGAACAAUAAUAAAAUGUUCAUUUUGAUUACUGUGGGGCAAAAUUAAAUGUUUAAUUCUAUUAAAACAAAUUUCUCAGAGAUACCGGUUUCCCAUCCUUGAAGGUUAUAAAGAAUUUAGAGUUAUUGUGUCUUAUUUUCUUAAAUUUUACCAGUUUACAAAUUAUAUAUUCAGAUUUUCUUUGCUGGUUUGGGUACAUUGGAACUUGAUAGUGGUAUAUUAAAGUCUUCACAGUAUUUUAUAAUACAUAUAUAUUGUUACAUAUAUACUUAUAGCAGAGGUUAAAAUUUAAUGAUUUUUGUUUUUAAUAUUUGUAAAUUAGAUUAGGGGCAUAUUUGCAUCAGCCAAUUGUUAGAACUAGUAAAAGAGGCAUAUGAAUGAAUAGAAAUGGUCACCAUACUUUCUUGUUCUUUUAAAACUUACUCCCCUUAUUUGUCAUUCUUAUUUAGCAAUGUGAACAUUCUCUUCAUAUCUAAUCCCAUUGAAUCAACAAUUCUGUGAUUUAUAAUAAGUUGUCAACACUUUUAUUUGUAUGUUUCUGAAGCAGGGACCCAUGUCAUCUAUAAGAUUCUCAAAGGAAUUUGGGAAAUUUCUCUCAAAUUUAAUAAUCACCAUUUUGAGAAUACACAGACAUAUAUACAGACUAUGAAGUUUGAAGCAGCUAAAAUUGACUUUGACUACUUCCUAAUAAAAUGCUGGUCUGAAGUGCUUAGGUAAAGUAAUUUCUUCCAACCGUUAGUAAAUUGAAUGAAACAUAGAUUUAAUUUAGGAUUAGAGUUUGGAAUAUAUGUUGUUUUAUUGUCUCGGAUUUCUGGGAUUUGACUACUUAUCCCAUAUAUUAUGUUUCUAAUUCUUCCUCCUACUUCUUAAUCUUAGCUUAAUAAAGUAAGUGUGUGUCAGAGAUUAGUUGCCUAAGCACAUUAGCCAUUUUGUAAUUGCACAGAAAGUUAACAUUUUGUUUUUAGUGAAUAACCAGUUCAGUUAACUAUGAUAGAAAAGAUGUUGACAGGAAAUAGGAUUAGAAGUAAAAUGGAAAUUUAAAGUAUCAAUAACAUGUGGUCCUUAUAUUAAUAUUGGUUUAAAGCAGAUCUUUAAAUUACUCCUAACGAAAAACCAAGGCAAGAAUUGCAGAACUUUUCUCCAUCAAUCUUAUUUAUUAAAAAAAAAAAAAAGUUAACCUGUUACAUUUUACUUUUCUAUGUAAUGUACCAGAUACUUUAGAAUAUGAUGGAAGUUUGCGCUUUACCUGUCACACAAAUGUGGGUAUACAACUUAAAACUAUAAUUGUAAAUAAUUAUAGUUUAAAUACAAUUGUAAAGUUGCUAAUGUUUGACAAAAUAAGAGUCAUUAAACAUAGUAUGUAAUUUGUAUUUUUGUAUUUUAAAGAACUGGAAAUAUGAGAUUUUAAUUCAUUUUACAUCCAGAAGUCUGACUUUUGCUGUAGGCAAACAUUCUGUGCUUCAACUUACUCUAUUUUUGUAAAGGAUGCUUUUUUUUUUUUUUUAAUUUAAGUCUUUGCACUCCUGAGUAAAAGACAUAGUAUGAACACAUAGUAAUGCUUAAAUAAUCAUAAAUAUCACAGCUUUUUGUUCUCAAAUGUGUACUUUUCCCCCAAUGGCAUAUUUCUUACAUCAGGUUUUUAAAUGCUGUCAACAUUUGUGAAAUUAUCUUGUAUCAUCAUCUCUUCCCUAAGCAUAUUUCACAGCUGUUUUUGUAACCUAUGGACUGUUGAGUCAAAAUCAAAAAAUUUGGGCACUAUAAAAAGCAUUUUAAAAAUCUAUGUUUUCCACUGUUUUUCAUAAAUCUCUCUUUAUUAGAUUCCCUUUGCCUUUUCCUCCAUGGAGCAAAGGGCAGUAAAAUCAGGUUGUAAUACAUACAUAUAAUGUUGUUUUGCAUUGAUGGAAUUCAUUCAGAUCUCUCAAGUACUGUCAGUUUUAGAGCUAUUUAAGGUCUACUUUAAGUGGAAAAGGUUAUUUGACAAUGUACAGUUAUCUUCCUUUUAAAAAAUUACAAAAUUGAAAGAAACCCAGAAUUUAGUCUCUUUUUAUAUUGAUGUCCAAUAAUUCUAAAGAGAUAGGAAAUUUUAUGGAGAGUUGAGGUUACUCUUCUCAAGUAAUAAUUUAAAGCAAAUUAAAUUUGAUCUCUAAGACUUCCUGAACAAUAUAAAUUGCAACUAGAGAUAAUGGAGUCUGAGGAACAAGUAAAUUGCAGGACCCUGCUAAGUUUAGCUUAUUUUUUCCCUAGCAAGUUUAGCUUAUUUUGAAAGUCUAUCAAAAUUAUAAUUCAUGUGUCUUACUUAAUUACAGCUUUCUACCAUUAGAAAUUGGAGUUUAGUAAAUUGUGAUAUGCAAAUAAAUUUUUACAUGAUAAAUUCUAGUUUCUAAUUUCACUUUUCUGAUCUCAAAAAGUUGAACUCAAACAGGGUAAAGUUUUCAACUGUUGCCUCAAGUUUAGCUUUGUCCUAUUGCCCUGAGAAAGAAGGUGGCUUAAAUUUGUCUGUUACUGAUAUUUUUCAGGGCAUGGUGAUAUCCCACUUAAAGUGUAGAAAAAUAUGGCAGAAAUACAAAACCUAAGCUUUAAGCCACGUAGACUUAAAGAACAAAAAGUGUUAUUAUUCUACAAGUCUCUACUUUUUUUUAUAUUCUGAGAAUUUCUUCAAAUCACUUAAUUUGUCACAACUUUACAAACUACAUACAAUUUUUUACUGUAACACUCUGCUUUGAGAAACAGAAAUGUCUCCUAGAUUAGAGUGCACAAAGAAAAAUUCUUCUGAAAGUGAUCCUGGAUUCUUUGGUCUAGUAGUUACAGCCUUAAAUAGAAAGUCAGGAAAUUGAAAUGCUCAUUUAAACUCCUUACUCAGUGACUGUUAAGAAGGGCAUAUAACAAAUAUGUUAUGAUAUGGAGCAGCUCUAACUAAUGAAUGAGUAUAAAAAUAAGAUAGGCAUUUAAUCGUUAAAGAUCAACUCCAUGUCUCUCAGUUUUGUGAGUUCUUUUUUACAAUUUAGUUGUAAGAUGCACUUUUUCCCCAGAGUGCACAGGAUAUAUUAGUUACACAGAUUUUAAGCUAAGGGUUGAAAAGCUUCCUGUGGUUAUCAAAAGCUUACCUUCUUCAAUAAAAUGACAACUAUUGUUUUCACAGAUCCAUCAGUCACAGUAUGAGUAGAAGACUGAUGUAUGACUGCUACACAACAGUCAGCAAGUGGAAUAAUCUUCACUUAAGAAACUUCAGAGGUACCCUGAAAGUCAUUUCCUAAAGUUAGUGCAAGUGAAUCUUAUUCCUUGAAUAGUGCAGAAUAAUCGCAUUUAUUGAGGCUUGUGUUUUGGGGGAGUAGCAGGUAAAAUGGUGUAAUGACUACAGAG